UCAGUGACUUAGCAGUGGGCGCGCGGGUAGGUUGCUGCCCAUUGGUACUCCGUGCCCACUUCUAGGCUGCCCGCUUACACCCCGCUAAGUGUGUUUUCCCAAGCGCCUGUGAAUAUCCGUGUCUAGGAAGUGUGUGACUAGAGGUACAUCUUGAAAAGGCUAAAAUUAUAUACAUAGUGUGAUUGUGACUAAUAAACACUGAAACCAAGUGAGUAGCUUCGGUAAUGAGCGAUCGAAGUAGACACAAACUUGGUGUCUUUAUCGUGCGUGUUGUGUUGAUGUGAGAGUUGGAAGGAAAACUUUCUUGAAGGGGAGAUCUUGUUUGUUGACGCUGGCAAUGGGAAGUCGGCGAGUCACAGGGUCACUGGCGGCUCCACAACACCGCUACGCCAAGAUGGAUCAUGAGCGACGUAACCACGAGCUUCUUAAACGUCUGGCUUCAGACAUCCCGGCAGCCAAGACAGCGAGGGGUGUGCUGGGGGUCCCUACGUCCAGGUCCUUAACGGAACAGGAGAAGGGACUCCAGGGAGAAGCAACACAUGUCCAAGACCAGCUGGGCAAGACACGGCACUGGAAGAAAAGGAACAUAGACAGUUCUUUCAAGUCGUUUCAGAGACAAACGUCCAGCUCGGCGAUGAAGGCGACUAAUGGCGUCAGAGACAUCUUAGAGGAUAAGAUGGGCCGAGAACUGGAGCUCAACACCGUCAAAAGUAAGAGAGAUCGUAGCCCUGCCAAGAGUAUCAGAAAGCGAGAGUCUAGUCCGACGAGGUCUAUGAAUGCAGGAAAUAAGAACGACAAAAGAAGCAGCCAGUAUGCCUCUGAGAACACAAGACGGCCAGAUGUCUUCGAGCGCCUCUCCAAGAUAGAUUCGAACAAAAGCUCGAGUAUUGUGAAGAGCAGCAGGAGCCUCCAAGAGAAGAAUAGCUGCCGUGAUAAGCAUCAGAGCGGUCGUAAACCAAGUGUCAGCAGCGUCUCCAUAAAAACCAUUCACAGACGGGAGGGAGACAGGAUCCCGCUGACGGAGGACGAGACCUGUAGGAGAGAGAUCAACGUCUGCAGCUCCAGCAUGGAUGGAGGCCAGAGGGAUGACUACGGUGAAGACGAAGACUCUUCCACAGAGAAACAAGAGCAAGACAACAUCCCAGAGACUGUGGAUAAGGACCGCGACGACCCUCCUGUCAGUAUUCAUGAGAGAUUAGCAACGAUGCCGCCUCUUACGAAGUCAUCGUCAGGUUCUGAGGCCUUAUACAUACCAGGGGAGUGUGUUGGUGAAAACACUUGUCAUCCAAGAGUCUCACCACAGCAGAGCCAAUCUAAAUCCCUUAAACAGGACUCUCUACUUUCUCAGGCUAAGAUGGAUGGUCAUGGUACAGAGAGCAACACCUACAAGUCAUCUGAGCACCUUGCCUCACAUGCUGAUGAAAAGUACGACACGAAUAAUUCUUAUAACAAGAGAGAGCAUAAUUUGCAUCCUCAGACGUCAAACAAAUGUUCUGGGAAAGAUGGAGCUAGGAAACAAUCCUCCAGAGAAGAGAUCAUUUCACCGCGAAAAGGUGCUCGCCAUGAAUGGUCCACUCAGCCAAGUAACACUCGUAUCACUCCCAAGACUAGAGAUGAAAGGGUAACCGCCGCUGUACCCUCGACUUCAGAAAUCAUACAGAAGAUGAGGGAGAGAGUGAGUGAUGGCAGAGUACAGGAUAGAGGAGAGGCAGUCGUGGACGACGAUAAGGAUGUAUGUGAGGCAGAUAUGGGUGAGGAAGAGCGUGAGUUCUACAAGAUCAGCGUGCAGACUCGCCUAGUGAGCUACAACAACAGCACACUCGUCAUCAAGAACACAUCCAAGAGUGAGUCUGUGAGUGAGAAUGCAGCGAGCAGUGACACCGAGACUGACUCACUCUGCGACCCCACUACCCCUACACCAACCCCCACCACCACAGUCCCCACCUUGCAAUCCUCAUCAGCUGGGCCAGCAGCUGUGGCUGACAUGGUAGAUGAUGCCGCUGCCCACGCCCUUUUGCACCUGACGGAGGCCCACCAAGACGAGCCUGUUUCUGAAGACCUAACUAGGACACGCAGUGUUAGGAGAAAGCUGGCCCACUUCAUGAGCAAGGGAAAGAGCCUCUUAUAUGAGGUGUACAGCGCCACACAAACUAAACUGGAGCAGUACACGAGAGCAGAGUCACUAAGCAGCAGCACCUCGUCUUUGGAUACUACAGAACACCAACUGGACUCCGACAGCGGUUACUACAGCAUCCCUCCGCCUCUAGUGGAGACCAACCCCAUCUGGGUGGAAGAUCACGUCCAUCGGGCGACCUCGUGGCUGCGAGAACACGGGUGUUACCCUCUCAUUCCCCGGGCAGAACCUGACGACGCUCACUGGAGUAGCACCCAGGAGAGUUUCCUCCCUCCACGCCCAGGCAUGAUGCCUUCCACUGCUGGGGAGACUCAUCUGGGAGGUAGCCAGCAGGUGCAUCAAAGUCAGGGGAUGGGUGACGAGACUGACCUGAGUGAAGAAGAUAGUGAACUUGCUGGCAUCAAAGUGGAUGAACAGUGGAUCAAAAAGAACAUUUUGUGUACAUGUAAAUGCAGAUAUAGGGCAAUAGAUGAUCAGCAAAUAAUAUAUAAUAGUCAACCGGAUAACUCCAAUACUCAGAUUACCAGUGCCACAAAUACCACUGCAGGGGACACGAAAACACAGCUGCAGUCCGCUACUGAAACCACUUUGGAAUGUAUCAGUAAUAUCUUGGAGACCUCUCCGGGAGAAGUGGGUUCUGAGGAAUGUGGUUUGUCUGUGAGAGCAACCAGCUCGAGGGAGAGUCUCUCAAUAGCGGGAGAAAGUGUGUGUGGGGAGAGUGUGAUGGAGGACGAGAUGUGCUACUGCUCUUGCCAUGAGGAGGAGGAGGGUCAUCUUCCUCCACACCUGCCACAAGAGGUACAGGAGCUGCUGGAUGCUGACCACGCCAGGAUGUGGUGGACGAUCACAGGUAACUUUGGUAACAUCUUACCCAUUGACUGGAGCAAGACAUAUACCCGGCAGCAGUACCUUCCUGUUCUUAACCUCAAUGAAAUCAAGGAUGUGCCUGGUGGGACAACAAAGGAGACUGAUGGUGGGACAGAGGAAAAUGCAGAUGAGGAGGAGGAAGUGGCUCAAGACCUAGACCUUCACCACCUGAUCCUUAAUGGCCUCACUGCUGACCCUGUCAAAAGUGCUGAAGAGGUUAUUCAAGAGAUUGAUGACAUUAUGCAGGAGGGAAGCUCGUCUGAAGAUGAAGGCUUAGAAGAGAGUUCAUCUUCAGGAGAGAACACGCAAGAACCCAUAUCUCGACCUUUUCCUGCUCCACUUUAUGCAGAAAAGUUAAAGAAUAUGAGUGUUGGUGAGCUGAACGAGUCUUUGAUGGAGCUGGAGCUGGUGAUCCGACAGUACUCCGAGACGCUAAUUAACCAACUGGCACUACGUGACGAACUUGAAUAUGAGAAGGAGCUCAAGAAUUCUUUUAUUUCGCUUCUCCUUCAGGUGCAGAACAAAAGACGGAACUUUAAUGUGGAGAAGAAAAGACAGAAGAAGGUUGGACCUAAUGGCACAGAUCCGAAGUAUUUAACUACGGUCAUCCCCUAUGAUGUGGGUCAUGGUCCCCCGCAUAAUCCAACUCUUCAGAUCCUCAUUAAGAUUUUAAUGGCCAUAAAUGAGGACAGUCCUACUGUACCAACAUUACUCACCGAUUACAUCUUAAAAGUGUUGUGUCCAUCAUGAGCCUGUGCUGUAUCAGGAACAGCUGGGUACACGGGUGGUUGGUAGCUGGGAAAGGAUCAUUGCUGAUCAUCCUUCAAACAGCUGAAGCCAAGACAUUCCGCACACACUCCUUUAUGUAGAGUUUACAAUUAACUGUACAUACAUUGCAUGUCAUUAUUUUAAGGUGAUGUACCAUAACGGCAUUGUCCAUUUGUUUAUAUAUAUUUUUUUUAGAUUAUGACUCAGAUUUUGAAUCUUCUAAUCAUAAUGGAGUGAUUUAUGAAACAGACUAUACAAUAUAGGAAUUCCUAUAGCAGCUAGUCAACUGUGCCAAUGGCCUAAUGUAUAAAGAGAUAUCAGUUGGAAAAUGAGAGGUUUAAUAAGAAUCCAUUUUGCUAAUACAAAUACUAUACUUCAAUAUCAUUAAACAAGGAAAUGACUAAACUAGUCACAGAUAAUUAAUACAUUAAUAGAGGGAUGUGUAUGUUAUUGUAUUUUUCUGAUGUUCUAUUUCUAUACCCUUUAUUCUUGUAAAUUUUUCUGUGAUUACAUAUCUCAAAAUAUACUUAAGGUACCUUUCAAUAGGCCACAAGAUGUGUAGAUUAAUUAAUAUGUAAAUUACUGUUAGUGAGAUAAAACUGAGUAAGGAGUAAAUACUAAAACAGCUUGAUAUUGGAAGACCAAAGAGCCUUUUCCACUUGUAUCUAUUAUUUUCUUUACUGCUGAACUUUCUAAGCAAAAUACUUAUUUUAGAAAAAUAAAAUGAGGAUAUUCAAGAUAUAAACCUUAAUAUCUAAUUAAUGCUUUGGAAUCCUUAAAAAAUACUCGUAUUGUCACAAAAUACCCUCCAGAAGUUAAUAAUGUAUUCAUUUAUACUUCAAGUCUAUUGUCAAGAAUCUGCCAUGCUUGAAGUGCAAAGAUCUGCUGACAAUUGUAUUUCGCUAUUUACUGAAGCCCAAGUGCAAUUGCUGUAUUAAUGUGUGUGUGUGUGUGUGUAUGCUCGUGCACGCACAUGUGCGUGGCUUGAUCUAUUGUAUAUGUAAGGUAAAUGAAUUGAAAAACUUUUGCUGCCACGAUUCAGAAGCUUAGGGUAGGUUUAAAAAAACAUGCUAGAACAUGUUCAACUCCCACUGGCACCUUCAACUUUUCAGUAGCUAUAUACCAUGAACAAACAAGCUUCAGCUAUUAUGCCCUGUUGUAUUCCAGAAUUUUGUGAGGCUUAUUUCUUGCAAAGUCUUGAUGGGUAGUGUUCUUCAAAAGUGCAGUUUACAUGAACUGAAACAUGUAGAUUAAACUUGCUGUACUACCCAUCUACACCACCACUUACUUGACCUUCAUUGUCCCACAUCCAGUGCCUUCCUGGGUAAUUAAAAAUACAACAAAUAUACCUUAAUGGUGUGUCUGAACUUGAAGAUUACCCUUGGAGGAUGGGACAUAUAAUCUACUUAUAUACAUUGCUUUGUUCCAUUGUGAAUGUUAGAUAUGCAUGCACUGCCGUUCAAGGAUUCUGUUGUCAAUAAUGGAAUAUGAUGAAAAAAAGUUUUAUUGUACUUUUCCAUAAACAUUCUGUCUAUAUGAAAAUGUAUUGAUAAGAUUUGAAUUUAUAUUGUCACUGCCAUUAUUUGAUAACCAGUUAAUGUGGCAGGAGGAGGAAUAUAGCUGGGCAGUUUUCAACUUCAUAUUACACAGCUUCUCCACAAAUAUGCAAAAGAUAAAUUUUCCUCUUUAUAUUUCUAAGGAAUCCUGGGCAGUUUUGACAAAGUAGUGGUGUACAUAAUUCUUCAAUGUGUAUUGUAAAAUUGUCUGUACUCUGUCAGCAGUGCAGUAAACUACAGGUCAUGUAAUUAAUUUACUCUUCCCAGGUGUCACUGUGUUAAACUUGUGUUAAUUAAAUAUUUUUAAUAGUAAACUGGUUGAGUAGUUUUUGUGACUGGUUAAAAAACAAUGUCUGUAUAACUACCUUACAGUGUGAACGCUAAUAACAUUAUUUCAUUGAUCUUCACAAAAAUUGCCACUACCUUUAUGAGUGUUAGUUAGUUUGUUAUUAAUGUAUUGAAUUUUACCGAUAUGUUUCAACUUUUCAUCUGUGAUGCUUAUUUCUGCAUUGUAUAUUAUUUUGAAUCUUUACAGUGUUAUUUUGAUGUCAAAAACCUAUUUAUAAAAUAAAAAUAUCUGUUCUUG